UUUGUAAGCGAAAUGGAAAUUGGGUUAUGUGUAUAUAAAUGAUCAGGAUGAUGAGAACUACGAGCUCAUAGAUGGGCGUAAUCGGGCCACCAUUAACCUAAGGCUUAUAAAGUGGCGUAACUAAGCUGUAUCAGUUCGUGAAGCACAACAAUGGUUCGCUCGCUACCGUUUGUUUAUUUAUUUAUUAGUUUAAAUAUAAAAAAAAAUUAAGUUGAAGUUUGAUCAGAAAUACGAAAAGACUUUUUCGACUACCCAAUAUUAUCUGAUUUUAUCGAGUGUAUGAGCGGUUUUAAAAAAGUUUUAGCUCACAUGUUUCGCUUCUAAAUUGCAUUAAAUAACAGUAUUGUGUCAUUAUUUAGUUUUUAGUUAUAACACUUCGUAUAUUUUCGUUUAACUACACUUUUUGUACGUGACAAUAGACCUUUUCUGCCAUCUUAAUCUUAAUUUAUCUUCACUUUUACUCCAGUUAUCGCUUUCAUGGACGAACGAACGAGCCGACGGACAAUCAGAAUCACUCCGAGUUCAGCUCGUCUCGUCAUCAUAAACAAUUAUACGAACAUGUCACCAUAUCUACUAUAUGUACAUAUAUCGGUUGGUUUACUCUCUCUGUCGAUAGCAUAAAAAUGCUGCACAAGCCUUCAGCAUGCAUUAAAGUAGAAGAAAAACAAAAGAACGCGAUUGUAUAUUUGAUUACGCAGAUUGCUGCCAGUAAUAAGAAGUUAGCGGAAAUACAGAAAAGACGACAACUUAGAUUGGAAAAAAUAUUAACUGAGAUAAAAAUGCAAAAUUCCUUAUUGCUUUUUGUAAUAAAUAACAAUAAGCCAAAACGUUUGUGGAAACACGAAAGGCACGGUAAUUUUUGCGAGCUCGACGUUGCUUUCAAUAGUGAACAAUUCUUCAAGGAGAGCUUCAGAAUGAGUCGGGAAUCAUUCAAAAUUUUAUGUAAUGAGCUAACAAACAUUGGCAAACGUGAUACUACAUACAGGCAAUGUAUUCCAUUAGAAAAAAGAAUAGCUAUCGCUUUGUAUGCCUUUGGCUCUUCUGCUGAGCACAGAACAGUUGGAAGAUUAUUCGGGGUUUCCAAAGCGUCUGUAUGUUUUAUCCUUAAAGACUUUUGCAGAGCGGUGUGGGACAUACUAUCGCCUAAAUAUUUAGCCAGCUCAUUUCUUACACAAGAAAAAAUUACGGAGUGCGUUGAAGGAUUUAGAAAAAUUGGAUUUCCCCAAUAUCUGGGCGCAAAUGGAUGUCAUAUUGAGAUUAGGCCCUCCGCAUCUGAUGCUGUUGACUAUUUCAACUACAAAGGUUGGUACUCAAUGGUUUUACUAGCCCUCGUAGACUACAGGUAAGUUAACAACUUAAAUACUUAAAACAUUUUUUUAGAUAUACAUAGGUUUAUGUACAUUAAUGUUGGAGCACCUGGUCGUUGUAAUGAUUCCCAAAUAUUUGAAAACUCCGACUUGAAAAGAAUUUUGCAAAACCCACUGCUUAAAGAGAAUGCGAAAAAACUUUGUGACACUAAUGUCACAAUUGUAGUUCUUGGAGACUUGGCGUUUCGCUUUACUCCGUUUCUAAUGAAGCCCUAUCCCUAUAACCAAGCCGCUGAGGAUCACGAGAAUAUUUUCAAUUACCACUUAUCUAAAUCUCGAAGGGUUGUGGAGAACGCUUUUGGCCACCUGAAGGCAAGGUUUAGAAGGAUAGGGAAAGGAAUUGACAACGAUAUUAAAAACGCUAUAUUAAUAAUAAAGUGUUCUUGCGUCUUGCACAAUUUUGUAAAUGAAGUGAAUGAUAGCAUAAACACGAAAUGGUUGCAAAUGCAAACAAAUUUCGAAAGCGCACACCCACGAGAGUAACCUGAUCCAUUAUUCAUUUCUGGAACCGACGACCCUAACAUCAGAAAAUCUAUAGCUCUAUUUCUAUGUAAGUUUAUGUGUUGUAUUUUAUCAGUUCAUUUUUUCAUUUACAGCAGUGUUGGUACACGUAGGGAAAAUUCCCUACACGUAGGGAUUUAAGUCGAAAAAAAUGGACGUGGGGAAAAAAGGACAGAUUUUUAUAUAUAAGUAAAAUGUAGGAAUUUUUUCGACAAAGCAAAAUCGAAAUUUCUAUGUAAUUUUUUUUCGGUCAAAAUGCAAAUAAGUCUAUUUUUUAUCAAGAAUAUGUUCGAAUGGCAGCAUUAAAUCGGUUUCAACCAUUUUUACAGAAAAGAGUUCUUCAACAGAAUCGGACGAGAGUAUUGGAAAGAGCCGCAAAUAUCGCAAACAAAAGUUUACAAAUAAGUGGCUAGGAGACGAAAGAUUCAAGGGUUGGUUACAAGCUUUGGCCGGUGAGUCGUUUAAAUGCAAAUGCGCUGCCUGCAACAAAAUUUUAAAUUGCGGCAAGUCUGAUUUAUUGAAACACGCAGAAACAAAAGCACACCAGAAAAAUGUGAAAGCCAUAAGCAAAACGAGCAAAUUGAAUACUUUUUUUAAGAGAAACGUAAAUGCAGAAGGGGAUGUAGAUAAAAAAAAAUUUGAAAUAAGACUCAGCAUGUUUUUCGCUGAACACAAUGUCGCUUUGACAGUGGUAGAUUUAUGUAUUAUACAUAUUUAAUAUUAUAAUAAAUGUCUAACCUUUUGUACUUUAAGUCAAACUUUUUUGUUUUCUUUUAAUAUUGUAAGAAAUGAUUGGUAAAACUUGUAGGGAAUUUUGUGGGGAAAAAUUUUAAAACAGCGUAGGGAAAAGUGGGAAUUUUUUUCUUCUUUGGUGGGGAUUUUCCAA